CAUUCGUGAUUGCGGACGUGUAGCGCUGUGCUGUGCCUCUUUUCGAUUCCGUCAUGCCAGACUCAGACUCGACGUAACAUUCGAACUACGCUACCAUGACGUUCUCCAAGUCAGCUCGACCCGCGUCGCGUUGUCGGCACGUCCUGACCUCGACUUGCCCGGGGCUGUCGGGCGUCUUGCUGAGCCGAUCCUUGCCUCGCUUUGCCUCGGAUGGCAGGUGGGCCGUUCGAGGCACACACGAGACUCGUGACAACAGCUUAUCGUACUCGUCUUGCAGCAUAGAUUGUCUCGAAGUAGCACAGACCCUGCUUCAGCUCAGCUCAGCUCUGCUCGGAGCGAAUGAGUCAGCCAAGCAGGUGGUGGGAGAGGCACGGCACAAGUGGGCCACCAAGUGAGCGGAGACAAGCCUGGCGGCGGCUUAAACAUAUCAACGUUCCAGCAAAAAAAAAGUCGACAUCCAUUUCUUCACCGUCUCGCCCCCAGUGUUGUAGCACAGACAGCAAAGCUU